AUGCCCCUUCAUCGGAGAUUCUGGGCCUCGGUGGAGCCUUACUGUGCAGACAUCACAAAUGAAGAAAUCAGAGUUCUGGAAGAGCUGCUCAAACCCCCUGAUGAUGAAGCUGAAUACUACAAGAUCCCAGCCCUCGGAAAGCACUAUUCCCAACGCUGGGCUCAAGAGGACCUGUUGGAGGAGCAAAGAGAGGGGGCGAGAGCCAAUGACAAGAAAAAAAGCAUGAUGGGUCCUCUUUCCGAACUGGAUGCUAAAGAUGUAGAUGCCUUACUGAAGAAAUCGGAGUCUCAGCAUGAACCUCCAGAGGACGGCUGUCCUUUUGGCCUUCUUACUCAGCGGCUUCUACAAGCACUUGUUGAGGAAAACAUCAUAUCCCCUAUGGAGGAUUCCCCCAUUCCAGACAUUCCAGGGAAGGAUGAUGGGGCUGGUACAUCGCCUCGUAGCCAGGGUAAAGCCUUCAGCAGAUUCUGGGCCUCGGUGGAGCCUUACUGUGCAGACAUCACAAAUGAAGAAAUCAGAGUUCUGGAAGAGCUGCUCAAACCCCCUGAUGAUGAAGCUGAAUACUACAAGAUCCCAGCCCUCGGAAAGCACUAUUCCCAACGCUGGGCUCAAGAGGACCUGUUGGAGGAGCAAAGAGAGGGGGCGAGAGCCAAUGACAAGAAAAAAAGCAUGAUGGGUCCUCUUUCCGAACUGGAUGCUAAAGAUGUAGAUGCCUUACUGAAGAAAUCGGAGUCUCAGCAUGAACCUCCAGAGGACGGCUGUCCUUUUGGCCUUCUUACUCAGCGGCUUCUACAAGCACUUGUUGAGGAAAACAUCAUAUCCCCUAUGGAGGAUUCCCCCAUUCCAGACAUUCCAGGGAAGGAUGAUGGGGCUGGUACAUCGCCUCGUAGCCAGGGUAAAGCCUUCAGUGUGCCUCACACACGCUCUCUGGAGGCUCGUAUAAGAGAGGAGCUGGUGUCUCAGGGGCUGCUGGACUCUGAUGAGAGGCAAGGUGUCGGAGGAGAGUCUGAAGACGAAGUGCUGGCCGAGCUGCAGAAAAGACAGGCUGAACUCAAAGCGCUAACCGCACACAACCGCUCGCGCAAGCAGGAGCUGCUCAAGUUGGCACGGGAAGAAAUGCGAAAACAGGAGCUUCGACAGCGGGUUCGAGUGGCCGAUAACGAGGUUAUGGAGGCAUUCCGUCGCAUCAUGGCAGCCAGGCAAAAGAAACGCACUCCAACGAAAAAAGAGAAAGAUCAGGCUUGGAAAGCUUUGAAAGAGAGAGAAAGUAUUCUCAAACUCUUAGAUGGAUAAAUAUGACCGGCAGCUAUAAUGUGGCGUGUUUUCUGUAAUAUGUUUGUUGGUUAUGGAUACUUCAUAAAGACAACUUCAACAUUCAGACAACUUGAAGAACAUGUAAACAAAUAUUUAAUAUAAUGUUCAUAUUUUUGGUUACUCUCUAUCUAAAGUAAGACCUGACGUUACUAGUUGUGAUAAUAAAGGUGUUUGACACUAGUUUUCAAGUGCCACUGACUUGACACUGUUGAUGCCAGAAUAUAAGUUUACUUUAUUUAUUUUUUUGCCACCUUUAUGCACAGUUCCCAAAUGCAGCUGAUUAACAUAGUGGAUUGAUAUUGUUAAAGGAAUAGUUCACCAGGAAUGAAACACUUGUCAUCAUGUCGUUCACCGCCUCUUCUGUGGAAUAUAAAAGAUAGUAUUUUGAAGAAUGUUGGUAACCAAACAGUUUUGGGCACCAUUAACCCAUUGCGUGGACAAAAACAGACAUUUCUUCUUUUAUGUUUCAAACAAGAAAUAAAAAUCAUACAGAAACAACAUAAGGGUGAAGAAAAAGACAACAUUUUAAUUUUGGGGUGAACUGUUCCUUGAAAGCCGUUGUCAUAGCGUUGAUAGUAUUUUGUUACUACACGGUCAUUUUGAGUUUUUAUAUGAUUAAAAGAAAA